AUCGAUGUGAAACAUCUGUUUUCGAUUGCGAGGCCCUGGAACAGCUUUCACAUCAAUUACAAAAAAAAAAUUAAAUAUAUAUCCAGACAUACCGAAUACAGAUCCAAGAUGAGUUUCCUCAAUUACGUGUUCGGGCCCAAUCUCUACAUGGAAUACCGGGGUGUUCCGGAACCCCAGCGCAAGAUGUACGAGGCAGGAGCAGUGGAGAGAUUCGGGGAGCAGAUUCUAUCGACGCUCUCUGUAAUGUGGUCCGUGGGCUACUACACGUCACCACUGCUCGUCACAUUCCUCUACCGAAGGGGUUAUCUGGUGACCGAUUCCAUGCCAACGCUGGCCAAAAUCACGACCAGCGUGGGUCUCAUCGUCAUCAUCUCGCUGGUGAUGCGCGGAUUGCGCAGGAAGCAGUCGCGAUCGUACUCAAACAUGAUGAAGGCUUUGGUGCAGGCGAAGGCAACUAAAACCGCAGGCGAUGCCAACAGCGAGUUACGUCGCUUCGACAUCGAGUUCAAUGCCUGGCCCGUAGAUUUUGACGUCAAGGCAUUAACUGGGGAUACCAAGAAGCCCGUGGUGACGGCCAGCAGGCGGGAACCCCUUCAACUGGCCACUUUGCCCUGCGAAGUGAUCGCCUACCUGGCCAUCAACACUUUUGGACUAUCUAUGAUCUAUCCGGGCUCCGUUAAGCUACUGCAGAAAUUUAUGAGACCCAUGCUGAUCUCUGGACGCGCCAAGCUCAUCGAGGAUGACAACGGCAUCCGCUAUAAGGUGAAGACCAUCGAUUCAAACGAAAUCGACACGUUGUUUAUAGACAACCGCAACGACAACGUGGGAAAUGGCAAGACUCUAGUCAUUUGCUCUGAGGGCAACGCCGGCUUCUAUGAAGUGGGCAUAAUGGGCACUCCGGUUGCCUUGAAGUAUUCCGUUCUGGGUUGGAACCAUCCCGGAUUCGCAGGUAGCUCAGGAUCGCCCUAUCCGCACCAGGACAAGAACGCCAUCGAUGCCGUGGUGCAGUUUGCCAUCAAUAAUCUCGGCUUCUCCGUGGAGGACAUUAUAAUGUACGGCUGGAGCAUUGGUGGCUUCAGCACAUUGUAUGCUGCAUCUGUUUAUCCGGAUGUCAAGGGAGUGGUGCUGGACGCCACCUUCGACGAUGUGCUGUACUUGGCCAUUCCACGGAUGCCAGCCGCUCUGGCGGGAAUUGUCAAAGUAGCCAUUCGUAACUACUGUAAUCUGAACAAUGCCGAGCUGGCUAACGAAUUCAAUGGACCAAUUUCUUUUAUUCGCCGCACUGAGGAUGAGAUUAUUGCAGAAGACAACCGCAUUGACACAAACCGUGGAAACUUUUUGGUUCUGUCAGUGCUCAAGCACCGGUAUCCCAACAUUUUUGGGGCCUCCCAGUUGAACAAGGCCAAGGCGCUGCUCUCGAAGCCUUUGGAGCCGUACAGUAUUCCCACCGCCGACGAGAAGCUCUGCAUGUCGCGCCUAAUCACCUACGCCUCCGACGAGGGCAAGUCCUUCCCCAUGAACAUUGGAGCCGACUACUCAGACGAGGUGCGCAAUCUCAUGGCUGUCUUCUUGUUGCGCAAGCAUUUACGUGACUACAACUCGACGCACUGCACCCAGUUGCCCGGGGAGUUCUUCACCAUGCCGUGGGACAUUCCAACCGAGCAGGGCUUUGUGUUCACCUAAGCCCAUUCCGCUGGUGAUUUACGGCCGUGUAUGCUUAGACUUAGUGAAAAGGUUUUUUAGUCAUUUUUGCAUUCUGACUGCUUAUUAAAUUAUUCUAACUGGGAACAGCCGGGAAAGCUGGACAACUGGUGUAAAAUGUCUUAUAUACGAAAUAAAUGUCACAAGCUAAACUAAACAAAUAA